GGGCUCCCGCAGCCCGAGCAGCCGAAACCCCCGGGCCCGCCUCGCCGCUCUACAAGCACUCAGCCCUGGAGUUGUGGGAUUGGUUCUCCCGGCCAUCGAUUGCCUUAGAGGCGCUUUUCAUUGGCGUUGGGCGGAGCAGGGCAGAGGGCGGAGCGCUCGUCGGCAGGCUGGGUCCAACUGCCAUUCUCGCGCGUCUUCCCUUUAGCGCAUGCACCUAACGAGUAGCGCUCAUUGGACGGCCAGAGUAGGGGGUGGGGGACUAGGAACGGUGGGAGCCGCUGUGUGUGGAGGAGCAGCUGCCGGUGUCAUGGCGGAGCUGAGUGAGGAGGCGCUGCUGUCAGUAUUACCGACAAUCCGGGUCCCUAAAGCUGGAGACCGGGUCCAUAAAGACGAGUGCGCCUUCUCCUUCGACACACCGGAGUCUGAGGGUGGCCUCUACAUCUGCAUGAACACAUUCCUGGGCUUCGGGAAACAGUAUGUGGAGAGACAUUUCAACAAGACGGGCCAGCGAGUCUACCUGCACCUGCGGCGGACCCGACGCCCGAAAGAGGACACCACUAUAGGCACCGGAGACCCGCCCCGGAAGAAGCCCACCCGGCUGGCUAUCGGUGUUGAAGGUGGUUUUGACCUCAGUGAGGAGAAGUUUGAAUAUGAUGAGGAUGUGAAGAUUGUCAUUUUGCCAGAUUACCUGGAGAUUGCCCGGGAUGGGUUGGGAGGACUGCCUGACCUUGUCCGAGAUCGGGUGACCAGUGCGGUGGAGGCCCUACUGUCCGCCGACUCAGCGUCCCGCAAGCAGGAGGUGCAGGCCUGGGAUGGGGAAGUACGGCAGGUGUCUAAGCAUGCCUUCAACCUCAAGCAGCUGGACAACCCUGCUCGAAUCCCUCCCUGUGGCUGGAAGUGCUCCAAGUGUGACAUGAGAGAAAACCUGUGGCUCAACCUGACAGAUGGCUCCAUCCUCUGUGGCCGACGCUACUUUGAUGGCAGUGGGGGCAACAACCACGCCGUGGAGCACUACAGGGAGAUGGGCUACCCGCUGGCCGUCAAGCUGGGCACCAUCACACCUGAUGGAGCUGAUGUGUACUCAUAUGAUGAGGAUGACAUGGUCCUGGACCCCAACCUGGCCGAGCAUCUGUCCCAUUUUGGCAUCGACAUGCUGAAGAUGCAGAAGACAGACAAGACCAUGACUGAGUUGGAGAUAGACAUGAACCAGCGGAUUGGCGAAUGGGAGCUGAUCCAGGAGUCAAGUGUGCCCCUGAAGCCCUUGUUCGGGCCUGGCUACACCGGCAUCCGGAACCUGGGUAACAGCUGCUACCUCAACUCCGUGGUCCAGGUGCUGUUCAGCAUCCCUGACUUUCAGAGGAAGUAUGUGGAUAAGCUGGAGAAGAUCUUCCAGAAUGCCCCGACGGACCCUACCCAGGACUUCAGCACCCAAGUGGCCAAACUGGGCCAUGGCCUUCUCUCAGGAGAGUAUUCCAAGCCAGCCCCAGAGUCAGGCGAUGGGGAGCAGGUGCCAGAACAGAAGGAAGUUCAAGAUGGCAUUGCCCCUCGGAUGUUCAAGGCCCUCAUCGGCAAGGGCCACCCCGAGUUCUCCACCAACCGGCAGCAGGAUGCCCAGGAGUUCUUCCUUCACCUCAUCAACAUGGUGGAGAGGAAUUGCCGGAGCUCUGAAAACCCCAAUGAAGUGUUCCGCUUCCUGGUGGAGGAAAAGAUCAAGUGCCUGGCCACAGAGAAGGUGAAGUACACCCAGCGAGUGGACUACAUCAUGCAGCUGCCAGUGCCCAUGGAUGCGGCCCUUAACAAAGAGGAGCUUCUGGAAUAUGAGGAGAAGAAGCGGCAGGCUGAGGAGGAGAAGCUGCCACUGCCAGAACUGGUUCGGGCCCAGGUGCCCUUCAGCUCCUGCCUGGAGGCCUAUGGGGCCCCUGAGCAGGUGGAUGACUUCUGGAGCACGGCCCUGCAGGCCAAAUCAGUAGCUGUCAAGACCACACGAUUUGCCUCAUUCCCCGACUACCUGGUCAUCCAGAUCAAGAAGUUCACCUUCGGCUUAGACUGGGUGCCCAAGAAACUGGAUGUGUCCAUUGAGAUGCCAGAGGAGCUAGACAUCUCCCAGUUGAGGGGUGCAGGGCUGCAGCCUGGAGAGGAGGAGCUGCCCGACAUUGCCCCACCCCUGGUCACUCCGGAUGAGCCCAAAGGUAGCCUUGGUUUCUAUGGCAACGAAGACGAAGACUCCUUCUGCUCCCCUCACUUCUCCUCUCCGACAUCACCCAUGUUGGAUGAAUCUGUCAUCAUCCAGCUAGUGGAGAUGGGCUUCCCCAUGGAUGCCUGCCGCAAGGCCGUCUACUACACGGGCAACAGUGGCGCUGAGGCUGCCAUGAACUGGGUCAUGUCACACAUGGACGAUCCAGAUUUUGCCAACCCCCUCAUCCUGCCCGGCUCCAGCGGGCCUGGCUCCACGAGUGCAGCGGCUGACCCACCUCCAGAAGACUGCGUGACCACCAUCGUCUCCAUGGGCUUCUCCCGGGACCAGGCUCUGAAAGCACUGCGAGCCACGAACAAUAGUCUAGAACGGGCUGUGGACUGGAUCUUCAGCCACAUUGAUGACCUGGAUGCAGAAGCUGCUAUGGACAUCUCGGAGGGCCGCUCAGCUGCUGACUCCAUCUCGGAGUCUGUGCCAGUGGGACCCAAAGUCCGGGAUGGGCCUGGAAAGUAUCAGCUCUUUGCCUUCAUUAGUCACAUGGGCACUUCCACCAUGUGUGGUCACUAUGUCUGCCACAUCAAGAAGGAAGGCAGGUGGGUGAUCUACAAUGACCAGAAAGUGUGUGCCUCUGAGAAGCCGCCCAAGGACCUGGGCUACAUCUACUUCUACCAGAGAGUGGCCAGCUAAAAGCCUGCCCUGGCCCUUACACUGAGGGCAGGGGACGGACCACCUGGCCUGAAGGAUGGACUUCAGCCCCCCUGCUCUGUACCCUUUUUCUUUUUGUCCCCAGCAGCAGGGAAGAAGCUAGAGGCCAUAGGAGAAUGGCCAAGCAAAGCAGAGGAGCACCAGAAAGACUUUGGGGAUAGAGCAGGAAGGGGCCGGAGGGGCCGGCUGCCUGUCUGUGAGGAGACUUUGUUGCUUUCCCCACCCUUGAACCCACAGUGCUCUGCUUCUCUGUCCUCCUGCCGGGCCCCUGGUGUGGAGGGGGGCUUAUUUGUGUGUGCGUGUGGGUGUAGCUUUGUGCAACCUCUUCCACAGGAGGGACAUUUGUGCCUCCCCUCCCCCUUUGUGUUUGCUCCCUGUGUGGUUGGGCAUUGAGGGAUUCGAGGGAAUGGGGGACACCCCCCCCCCACCCUCCUGCCUCAGUCUUUCCCCACCUUGUCUUUUCCCUGUCUUUCUCUGGAAAAUGCCAAAAUACUACGAUGUGAAUAAAGGUACAGUGGCUA